GACAGCACAAGACAGAGGAGUACCGGAAGGUGAAUGUCCUGAUGAAGGUGCCUGCACUAAAAGAUGGUUCUUUCACCUUAGCAGAGAGCAUUGCAAUCCUCCUGUACCUGGCCCAGAAAUUCAAGACUCCUGAUCACUGGUACCCGUCUGACCUGCAGAAAAGGGCUAGGGUUGAUGAGUACCUGUCAUGGCAGCAUGCCAACAUCCACGCAAAGGGGAGCAAGGUGUUCUUAACAAAGGCAGUGCUGCCUAUCCUCACAGGCCAGGCACUUCCUCCAGAGAAAAUGGAAGUUAUUACUGAGGACCUGAAUGUUGUCCUGAAGCAGUUUGAGGAGAAGUUCUUGCAGGACAAGCCCUUCAUUGCAGGCAGUGAGAUCUCCCUGGCAGACCUUGUAGCACUGGUGGGCCUCAUGCAGCCUGUGGGCGCUGGCUAUGACCUCUUUGAGGAGAGGCCAAAGUUGGCAGAGUGGCGUAGGCGGGCGGAAGAAGCUGUGGGGAAGAAGCUCUUCCAGGAAGCCCACGAAGGGAUCCUGAAUGUCAAGAACUUGACUGCUGAUAAGUUUGCACCUGAACUCGUGGAGAAUUUCAAACAGCAGCUCCUAAAGCAGAUCAGCCUGAAUUAG